UCCCCGCGGCGGGACGGCGGACUCGCGUUCCCAGCGUCCCCCGCGCGGCCGCCGCCUCCGCGCACAAGAUGGCGGCGCGGGCGGCCCGGGGCGCCGGGGGACGCUGAGGGGCCAGGGGCGGCCCCGGCGCCGCCAUGACCUACACGGCGGAGCAGCUGGACGGCGUGAGGCGAAUCAAGCGGUGUCGGAACUACUAUGAGAUCCUGGGGGUGCAGAGGGACGCCAGCGAGGAGGAGCUGAAGAGAGCUUACCGAAAGCUGGCCCUCAAAUUCCACCCCGACAAGAACCGCGCCCCCGGGGCCACCGAGGCGUUUAAAGCAAUAGGAAAUGCUUUCGCUGUUCUGAGCAACCCCGAAAAACGACUGCGAUACGAUGAAUUCGGAAGCGACCAAGAGCACGUCAGCACUGGCCAGGCCAGGCACUAUAACUACUACACGGAAUUCGAAGCGGACAUUACACCAGAAGAAAUAUUCAAUGUGUUUUUUGGUGGGCACUUUCCUACAGGAAAUAUCCAUAUGUUCUCAAAUGUAGCCAGAGACGCGCACUAUUAUCCGCGGAGGCACCGAAAUGAAAGAGUGUGGACGCAGGAGCAGGAGGAGGAAGAAAACAGGCCACAGAAUUCAUAUUCUGCAUUUAUUCAGUUGAUGCCAGUUUUCAUCAUAAUAAUAGUGUCGGUUAUAACUCAGCUGAUGGCCACUAACCCACCCUACAGCCUAUUCUACAAAUCGUCCAUAGGCCACGUUAUAAGCAGAGAAACAGAGAACUUGCAGGUGCCUUACUAUGUCGAUAAAAACUUUGAAAAGAAUUAUCAAGGAGCAGAACUCCAAGAGCUGGAGAAAACGGUCGAAAAAGAUUACAUAGACUACAUUCAGACCAGCUGCUGGAAGGAGAAACAGCAAAAGUCUGAUUUGUCCAAUUUGGCCAAGCUGUACAGAGACGAGCGGUUAAAACAGAAAGCGGAAUCACUGAAACUUGAGCACUGCGAGAAGCUCUCCAGUCUGAUCGGGAUGCACAAAGGGGGCUGAGCAGGACACACACCUUCUGUAGUUUUAUUUAUUGCUGGUUUAACUUAUGUUUUUAUUUUUCUUUGUAUAAAAAGCGAAGGAGUUUCUUGUAAAGAGUCUGAAUAUUCAGUUCCUUCUGCAUAAAGUGCAGAGGUGGGCCGGCACCAGCUGCAGAGCCGGUGUUUGCUGUAAUAUAUACUGUACACUAGAUUUGGUUCCAAGGACCAGUGGCACUUUGUAAAUUAAUUCCGUGGGAGGCACUAGCAGUUUGGAACCCGUCUUCGUCCGUGCUUUGUCUGCCGUCCAAACGCUGUGUGCUUCCCGGGACAGCACGCACAUGUCUUGGCUUUCUGUAUUUUCUAUGGACCUACAAUUCUCUCGACCGGAUGACGUCGGGAUGAAGCGCAAGCGAUGUGCUGGCUCUGCAGCGCUUUGCGGUGGGGAUUCAGGUGGAAGGCGCCGUGGUUCCGUUCGAUUGUAACACGCGGUGUUGAAUUCAGAAGAGUUGGGCACCUGCUCAAGGUGAACACGUGAGCUCCACUCUCUCCGGGCUGUCACAGGGACGUAACCCUGUGCUGGUCUGACCGGGACCGUGUGCUGGUCUGACCGGGACCGUGCCCCUUCUGUUCCGUUACGAGGCGACACACGGAGAUGCCGACAGCGACAUCGCACAAGGAGAUGAGUCUGUGAAUUGCACCGAUUGCCAUGUCUGCCAGAUUGUGGAGAAAGGACACCCGUAUUUAUUUUCUCAUCUGUUUCCAGUGGCGUAUUUUCAAGCUGGCUGUUUAAUUCUGAUUUUUAUCUGCCGACUCUUCUCCAGCUGUUACAGGGGUCCCGCUUUUCCUGGUACGGUUUUGAUGUAGCAUAUUUUUACUCUGUUGAGCAGUUCUGAAUGUUUCACUGUAGAGAUCAGUAUUGCAAAGAAACAGCUCCAUGUCGUA